AUGGUUCGACGAAACACAAACAUCGACAUGCUAGACGAAGAUGCGUCGCGGGAGUACGAAGAGCAGAGGCAGGCCAACAUCAAGGCCAAUCUGGAGCUUAUCAUGUCGCUUGGCCUGUAUCAAGGCUCGAAGCUGUUGAAGCCCAAGCCAUCCAGCACGCCGAAAUCCAAAACCAAGAAAGGUGCGUCUCCCGCUGCUGCCUUUUCUGCAUCUGCUGGCGAUGAAGAGUUUGCUACUCCAGGUGGAAAGGCGGUGGAGAGGCCGAGACGGAUCACGCGAUCAGUGUCCGGCACGCUAAGUACGCCUAAACGCAGCAGUCGGGGGCUGAAGAGGGGACUGAGCGACGACCAUGUUCACCAUAUCACCGCUCGUAAAACUGCGAGAUUCGGAGCGGACGACUUCGACGCUGGAUCCGCCUCCUCUUCCUCCACCUCCGACGACGAAGCCUCUCCUUCCCGCCCUCGUCGUCGACACCGCCGUUCAGCCGGCAACAUCUCGCUCAAUCCAGACCACCGCCACCGCCAGCUUACCGACCUCCAACGACGCGCCGACCGCCUCGGCAAGCGCAUUCACGACCCUAAGACCUUCGGCCACAUUCCCGGCAUCCCCAUCGGCACGCAGUGGGAGAAACGCAUGGACUGCUCCACGGAUGCUGUGCACGCGCCUACGGUCGCAGGCAUCUCGGGCAAUGAGGCCGACGGCUGCUGGAGCAUCUGCCUCUCCGGCGGCUAUGAAGACGACAUCGACCUCGGCGAGAGCUUCACCUACACCGGCUCGGGAGGGCGCGAUCUCAAGGGCACGGCGAACAACCCGAAGAACUUGAGGACCGCCCCGCAGAGCUCGGACCAGAAGUGGGACGGCAAGAACGCGGCGUUGAGGCGGUCGGUGGAGACGAAGAAGCCGGUGCGGGUGGUGCGCGGGUGGAAGGCGGGCGGGAGGUAUGCGCCAAGUGAAGGGUACGUGUAUUGUGGGCUGUACAGGGUGGAGCGCGCGUGGAGGGAGAGUGGCGCAAGCGGGUGGCUGGUGUGCAAGUUCCACUUUGUGCGCUUGAAAGGUCAGGCUGCUCUCCCCACUUUCGACCACGACGAUGUCGACGACGAGAAAGACCAUGACCAGAACGAGAACGAGGACGCACCGGAUACGCAAACCUCCGCCGAAGACGCACCCCCCUCCGCCGCCAUCGUGACCAUCGACCUCCCCCUCGCCCUCCCCCCCUCGCCCUCCCCCUCGCCCUCCCGUUCGCCCGCACCUGUCUCACCACAUCCAAUCCUCCGAUCCCCGGCCUUCGACCGCACCUCCUACAUCAUCCUCUCGGACGACGAGAACGACGAAGCGGAGGAAGUCGAGCACACGCUACUGCAGCUCGAACUCGACCCGCCUGCAAAGAAGCUGCUCAUCGAGAAGGCCGCGCCAACCCCGAGGCGCUCGUCGAGGAAGUCGAUCCGGAGACGCGCGAGCUGA